CCUUUCCCUAUUUAAACACCAUUCUCCUCUUCCUUUACCCCAAUUUAAUUCUCUCCAUUUUUCAAACUUCUCUUUUUAGCUCAUCAACAACAACAACAACAAUCACAAACAUUCUCUCUCACAAAAUAAUAAUAAUAAACCUUAGCUCUAUUUCUUUGUACCAUCACAAAAAAGUAAAACUGACAUUAUUAUUAUAGAUUGUACUAUUAGUGCAAUAAUGUCUCCACUAAUCGAAACGAGAUUAGUUGAUCAUCAUAACAACUGGAGUAGCAGUAACUCCCCUCGCCGAAGAGUGAAUUUUCGACAAUUGUUACAGCACUCUUCCGAGGAGGAGACGGAGGAUAGCCGCCACUCGUAUUCGAGUAGCGCCAGGCAAAGUAAUGCUUCUGUUGAGACAUUCUCAAGCAGUAGCAAUAGUCCGAGAUUGAGUAGUUUUAACUACACCGAUGAGAAUUAUUCAACGACUACAAAUUCAUCAUCACCUUAUAAUAAUAUCAUCAUGUCAUCUCCUUCGCCUUUGAUUCAUCAAUCAUCUCCUUAUUUGAAAUCACCUUGGAUUAAGCUAUCCCCUCUUCAGAUACACCCUGCAACACCCAGUCAUUCGUCAAGCGACGACACGUAUUUUUCUCGAGGGAGGAAGUGUUUGAUUGGUUCACUUCUUCGCGAGGAAGGACACGUGUACUCGCUAGCCGUCAAGGAUGGGAUGCUGUACACCGGGUCUGAAUCCAAGAAUAUUCGGGUUUGGAAGAAUUUCCAUGACGCGGGCGGGUUCAAGUCGGGUAGCGGGUUGGUGAAGGCGAUCGUCAUUUCGAAAGACGAGCAAGUUUUUACCGGACAUCAAGAUGGGAAGAUCCGGAUAUGGAACCCGAAAGGAAAACGGCUCGGUACGCUUCCGAAGAUGGGAGAUUACAUCAAAAGCUCAAUGAACCCUAAGAAUUACGUCGAAGUGAGGAGGCAUCAUAAGGUGCCUAAGAUAAAGCACUUUGACGCGGUUUCAUGCAUGAGUUUGAACGAAGAGUUUGGACUUUUGUACUCGGGGUCGUGGGAUAAGACCAUCAAGGUAUGGAGAAUAUCCGACGGAAAAUGCUUAGAGUCAUUCGAGGCGCAUGAUGAUGCAAUCAACUCGAUCGUAGUAGGGUACGACGGACUGGUCUUUUCGGGUUCCGCGGACGGGACCGUGAAGGUUUGGAGACGAGAGUUGGAUGGGAAUACUGUUAGACACAUCCAUGUGAGGACGUUGUUAAAACAGGAGAAUGCUGUUACCGCGUUAGCGGUAGCAGCAGACGAGGAGAGUGGCGGCUGGGUGUUGUACGCCGGGUCAUCCGACGGAUUGGUGAAUUUCUGGGAGAGAGACGAGGAGGAAGGGGUGGUGUAUGGAGGGGUGUUGAGAGGGCAUAAGUUGGCCGUGUUGUGUUUGGGUACGGCGGGGAGUUUGGUGUUUAGUGGGUCCGCGGAUAAGACUAUCUGUGUAUGGAAGAGAGAAGGUGAUGGGGACCACUCUUGCUUAGCUGUCUUGUCGGGCCAUAGUGGGCCCGUCAAAUGUCUAGCCGUCGAGCAAGACAAAGACGACGACGACAACGACGGUGGUGGUGAUGAUCAACGACGGGAGUGGAUUGUUUAUAGUGGUAGCUUGGAUAAGUCAGUCAAGAUAUGGCGCGUGUCGGAAGACGCGUUCGAGGAUGAAACUACGUACUAAUGUUAUGUUGAAGUUGAACCGUAAUUUGAUUGAUUGCGUGUUUAAAACUUUUUUCACAUUGUGUAUGUGGUGGUCCGUGUUAGAGGUGUGAAUUGAACCAUGUGGCUAAGGAAGUAGCCUAGACUAGACUAGCCGCCGUAGCUGCCACCGGGUAUGGUUGUACAUAAAUUAAUGAUCGUUUGAUUGAUUGAUGACACGUGGAAAAAGUGGAGUUCACGCGCCGCUGCCGCCGAGGGAAAAGGGUGACAGUGUUGGUACAUGGAAAUAGAAAGUGACCGGCCACCGACCGACCCCUUUGGAAAAUAGAAGUGCGGAGCACGCUGGGAAUCCAGGAGAGCCAAAGGAAAAUUAUAUGGUUAUUGGUCCCCUGUAGCAACGUUACAAAACUUUGUAUUUAAUUUUUGAUAGAGAUUUGGAAAGUUGCAACAUUAAAUGUAUAGUAAUAAAAACACACCAUAUAAAGGAUUUCCUGCCGAAUCUUUCGAUGUUGAGAAUCGCUUUCUGAGGGUUACUCUUGCCAUAAACGAGAAGAAAAGGCAUAUAUAUGGUGUGUGUUGUUUAAUUUGUUGUUUUUGAAUUCUAGUAUCAUUGGUCUAUUGUUAGCUUGUAGUCGAAUAUUCUUUUCUUCGUUAAUUAAGAUGAAUGACUCAACUAAGCCUUAUCUGUCGACCAUUUAUUUGUUGGUUCA